UUUUAUUCUUUUUAUUCUUUUUUAUUUUUUUAUUUUUUAAUCCUUUUUCUCUCAUCCCGACAUCUUCUUCUUCUUCUGCCGCCAUCUUCUUUUCCUCCAUCCUGUCUUGCCAGUCUCUCGACAUCUCACGCCUCUCACGCUCCAUUCCCUUCGCGUUCCAAUCGCUCCUGUUGUUGUUCCAUUCCACGACUUUACCACACCACUCUUUCUCUCGACAUUAACUUUUAUUCUUGUUUCUUUCAUCGUCCCGCCUUUUCUCCUUGUGCUCUUAUUAUUGUUUUUUAUUUUUUAUUUUUUAUUUUCUUUAUUUUAAUACUCCGAGCCACCUCUCACACAUUACUUGUCAUCCAGUCAUCCAGCACCCUGCACUCAUUUCAACAAAGCUCAUCAUCUCAUGGAGGACCAAGAUCCCGUAUGUUUGGGUUGCCAUCGCUCCAUUGAAGAAGGCAGUGUUGUAGCCUUUGGAGAAGGUUUGUGGCAUGUGCAAUGCUUCCGAUGUGCAAAGUGCAAGAAUAGGGUCGAGUGCGACAGUAAUUUACUGCUACUCUCGGAUGGUUCUCCUAUCUGUGAGCAAUGCUCCUAUAGCUGCAGUGCUUGUCGGAGACCUAUCCUAGAUGAGGCUAUCAUGACAGGUGAUGAGGCAUACCAUGCUGAUUGUUUUCGAUGCUCUCAAUGUGAUGCCAAGAUUGAGGAUCUGGUGUUCGCAAAGACAUCUCAGGGUAUCUACUGUAUGAAAUGUCAUCAGGAACGGAAAGAAGCCAAACGUCAGCGGGAAGAACGUGAACGCAUGGAAAGAGCGGAGCGAGCCUUAGAAAAGUCGCUGCCAACGAUCCCAGAAUCAGAAAUGCAACAGCAAAAGCAUCCUUCAACUAUCAAUCCCUCUAGACCCACUAAUCUCCUUCCAGAGAGACAUCAUCACCAAGAGACUCCACGCACAUAUCAUGACUUGCCAAGGAUUCCUCAACCUACUCCAUCCAACUAUCAUGGCACUCAUUCAAACAAUAAUACCCCACCAGUACCAUCACCUCGGCUUGAAUCCACUUCAAAACCUGUUCCUAACCUCCCUACCACUGGAAGCGCACUUCCUUCAGUCGAUAUUGGACCACCAUUCUUACCACCACUUGCGUUUGGCCUAGAUGACAUUGUACCAAGUGGAUUUGACCUAGGAGAUAUGUUGAGUGGCUCUGAAAAGGAUAGCAAGGAAGCCUCUCCAUCAAUGCCCUCCACUCCUUCAUCUAAGGAUAUCCAACUCGUUAAUGGACAAGAUGCCAGCUCCUAUAGACUCAGUAUCGCUCGAGCUGACGCACAACUGAGCUCAACAUCUCUGAACAAUAGCGACAAGUCUAGUUUGAAUGGGGGCAGCAAGACACCUUUAGAAAGUCCCAACUCCAGUACCUCCUCCGGUAGCAAGCGCAUCUCGGAUCGCUUUAUGAACAGCUCAAUAUCCGCAUCUCCUACUGUUGAGAACAUGGAGGAUAUGAUGAAUCCGGCUGAGGCUGCUGUGCUGAUCCGUGAGCUGCGCCUCGAACUGGCCAAGUAUAACCCGAUGAGUCCUUUAAUUCAUGGAACCCCUCAACAGGAGUAUGGUCUUUUGGCUGAGAAGACUGAGAAGUUGAACCAAAAACAUGCGCAGUUGGAGAAAGCUAUUCGCGACCUGUAUAUCGAAAAGGAUCUUCUUGGAAUGGAUCUUGAGGCUAUGAACGAAGAAUUAAAAGCCAAGAGUGAGGCGCUUGCAAGCAACAGUGCCGAUAAACUUCAGCCUACAGCGUCAUCCAAUCCUCGUAUGAGUACAAGCCACGACCUGAUGAAGCAAGCAUACCAAGUGGAGGUCAAGGCUCUUCAGGAGCAAAAAGAGCGUCUCCAGCGUGAGAUUCAAACCUAUGUCGAGCAACGUGAUGGCGUCCUAGACGAGAUGCAGAUUCUGAGCGUACGAAAUGCUGAACUAUCUGCUAUGAAUAAUGACAUGAUGAGAGAACUGCAAGAACGCAGGCCUGGACCUCCAGUUGCACCAUCUUCAGCUGCAAAUAGCGGUGGCGGAAGUAUGUUCUCCCUAGGCAAGAUGAGGAGACAACGGCAAGCGAGUGGAGGAAACCAGCAAGAGCUUAAGGCAUCACAGUUAACUGUCGCCCGUAGCAGCGAUUCUACCUACUCAUUCAACUCGACCCACUCUGAUGAACAAGGUCGCCCGUCAUCGAAAGGCAAAAAGUCUGACGAAAUCCAAGAAGAUAUUUUUGGAGAGGAGAUUGUCGCUCCCAAGAAGUUCAACUGGAAGAAGGGUACCAUGAACACGCUUUACACAGGCGUUGGCACGGUCCGAUCUGUUGGAGCCAUGUUUGGAAAGCUUAUUGUAGAAGGACCCAGUACAGGAUUGGACGUCCCCAAUAAUAAGGCCAAUACAGGAAUGUUGACAGAUAAUGGAAGCUCCAACAGUCAGGUUCUCCCACCAACAAGAUCAUUCUCUGUGAACAGCGAGACUGGCUCUCUUAACGGACGCAUCCCAGAGCUGCAUCACUUUAUUCAGCACAAUUACUCCAAGCCAACACGCUGCGAGUAUUGCGAUGAGAAGCUUCGAGGCCGUGAAUACAAAUGUCGUACCUGUGGGUUCCAGAUCCAUGGACGCUGCACGCACGAGUCUGUGCCUUCAUGUCCAGGCAAGCCCAAGGAUUCAGAUUCCUCGAGCAUUCGUGGUGUCAAUUCUAGCGCAGGAAGCGGUCACGGACUCCCACCUACGCCCCCUACACCGCCUGCUAAGCAGAUCAUGUUUGGUAACGGUCUUGUUGACCAACUGGAGAUUGAGCAACGAACCAUCCCACUUGUUGUUGAAAAAUGCAUUGAGGCUGUUGAUGAGCGUGGCUUGGACGUCGAGGGUAUUUACCGUCGUUCUGGUAUGGCUGCAGAGGCAAGGCAGCUGGUACAGGCAUACGAUAUUGGAGUUUAUCCUGACCUUAUGGAUGAGUCGCUCUAUCAAGAUAUCUGUUCGAUUACGUCUGUCCUGAAACAGUAUCUCCGCAGUUUGCCUGAGCCUCUUGUUCCUUUUGAUCUUUAUGAUGAGUUUAUGGAGGCCAUUGCGCUGCCGCACGGGGAGUCCAAGUAUCAAGUCUUCCGGGAUUUGUUGGCACGUAUGCAUGUCGCUCAUUAUGAGACUCUUAGGACUUUGCUCCAUCAUCUCAAUAGGGUCACAGAGCAUGAGAGUAUCAACUUGAUGACACCCAAGAACUUGUCUGUGGUCUUUGGUCCCACUUUGAUGCGAAAUCCUGAUCCUAGUCGCGAGAUCAUGGAUAUGGUUUACAAGAAUAUGACCAUUGAAUUUUUGAUCGUCAAUACGUCUGAACUUUUCGGUCCACCUGAGAAGCCAGCGAUGAAUGGCAACAAGAGCGAGAUCAAUGGUGGCGUCAGCGGACAGGCUUCACCAGGUGCUUCUACUGAUGUGCCUGCAACAACCCUAUCUCCAAUGACUCCACUUGCGUCUUCGCUUACGCCUCCAUCAACGCAGGGACAAGGAGCAGUGACGAUUGCGGCCGUCAAUGGAUUCCCUCACAAUUUUACGCGUCAGCGUCAAGGCUCCUUCAGUAGUUUGGGGCCACACAGUAACGUGCCGCCACCACAACCUCCUACCAGACGAAUCGCUGGACAUGCACCAUCGCCCGUGAUGUCUCAGGAGAAUGGCACUUUUAUGCCUACAUUGCCACCUAGGUCAAGUUCCGGUGAGGCUGUGCCAACAUUGAGCCAAUCACAGCCACAGCAGCAGAACUAUUACCAACAACAACAACAACAACAACAACAACAACAACAACAACAGCAGCAGCAACAACUCUAUCGGCCUCAACAGUUCAUAUCGCCUCAACCUCAGCAGCAUCAAACCAUUCAGCAGCUGAAGCAGCAACAACAACAAAGAGAGCAACAGCAGCGAGAACAACAGCAACAGCAUGCAACAUCGAAUAUUGUGAUUGAACAGCAGCAGCAGAUGGCCAAUCCUGAGGUUGACAUGAGCAACUUCCCAUAAGAAAGGGAUUGAGGGAAAAAGCUGGAU